GAUAAUAAGGAGAAAUGGGGGGGCAAGUCAGCAACCAAGGCCGCUUACUUCGAUAAGCUCAAGUCGCUUCUCGAUGAGUACCGCACUGUCUUCAUCGUCGGCGUCGACAAUGUCUCCUCCCAGCAGAUGCACGAGAUCCGUAUGUCGCUGCGCGGCGAGGGCGUCGUCCUGAUGGGAAAGAACACCAUGGUUCGCCGCGCUCUCAAGGGUUUCAUCACUGAAAACCCCGAGUUUGAGCGUCUGCUUCCUCACGUCAAGGGCAACGUCGGUUUCAUCUUCACCAACGGUGACCUCAAGGCUACCAAGGAGAAGAUCCUUGCUAACCGUGUCGCUGCUCCCGCCCGUGCCGGUGCCUUCGCUCCCGCCGAUGUCUGGGUCCCCGCCGGUAACACUGGUAUGGAACCCGGUAAGACCUCUUUCUUCCAGGCUCUCGGUGUCCCCACCAAGAUUGCUCGUGGUACCAUUGAAAUUGUCUCCGACCUCAAGCUCGUUGAGGCCGGUAACAAGGUCGGUGCCUCCGAGGCUUCGCUGCUCAACUUGCUGAACAUCUCGCCCUUCACCUACGGUAUGACCAUUUCCCAGGUCUAUGAUGCCGGCCAGUGCUUCAGCGCCGAUGUCCUGGAUAUCGACGAUGAGACCCUGCUCAAGGCUUUCAGCUCUGCCAUCAACACCAUCACCACCAUUUCUCUGGCUGUUGGUUACCCUACCAUCCCGGCCACCAUCCACUCUAUCAUCAACUCCUACAAGAAGGUUCUUGCUGUUGCUGUUGAGACUGACUACAGCUGGCCCGAGAUUGAUGAGCUUAAGGACCGCAUCGCCAACCCUGAUGCCUACGCUUCUGCUGCUCCCGCCGCCGCCGCUGGUGCCGCUACCGAUGCCCCCAAGGAGGCCGAGAAGCCCGCUGAGGAGGAGAGGAGUCCGAUGAGGACAUGGGCUUCGGUCUCUUCGACUAAGCGCCCAAUCCUCAAAAGGAUACGACUGCCAUGUAUUAGAUUUUUUAACUUAACCCUUACCUGA